GAGCGGUGGGAGCCCACAGGCAACGGAUUCCACUUGUGUAACGUAGUGAUCACUUAAUAUCAGGUGUGUGACUGAGUUUUCAUCUGAUGCUGAUGGACUGUUUUGUGAGAGAGAAGCUACGGGAAUGGCAGCUUGACAGCCUGAUAGACACCUUUGAAGACCAGGAAGCGGAUGAGGAAAGUUUCAUGCUUUUGGAUGACAGUGCCAUCGCCUCCCUCAUCCCAAAGGUUGGACAACGGGUCAAAUUCCAGCGACACCACAAGGAGCUUGUUACCAUUUCCAGCAACCCUCGAAGUUCUGAAGAGAGUCAUAGUUUAGUAGAAUCACUGCAGAUGGGGACGGUGGAAUCCAUACCGACAGAUUCUCUCAGCGUGACUGUGCAACUUUAUCCGACAUUUGCAAUUCGUCAAAUUUUGAAUGGCACUCUGGAGGGGAAAGCAAUAGUAAAGAGUUUGGAUGAACAGCAAUCUAUUACCAGCAAGCACAGAAGGCUACUCGUAAGACUCCUUGUAUCCCACGGUCUGCUGGAAAACAAUGGUGAAACGCCAUCCUCAGACACCAAGAAAGCACUUGCCAUGUCAUUGGUGUAUGAAUUUCCAUGUCUCAAAGAUGAUACCGGCAAUGGUUAUGGAGCUUGGUACACCCCUGGCCGAAAACAGCGACCUGCCACAGGGUUCCUCGAGGAGCGCUUGAGGAAUGUCAGAAAGCGCUUGAGAAAACUGAACCGACCACGUCACCAGGAACUGCAGGAGAACCAUACUGUCUGUAUACCAGAAUCUGUUUUGCCUCCUGAAAAACUCCAAGAGAAGGUUGACUGGUUGAAGGUCCACAAGUUUCCAGUCUCUGAAGUAGAAGCUUAUAUGAGGGAAACAGCUAUAUACAGAGGCAAGUGGAUUCGCAGCAAUGGGUCCAAAAGCAUCCCGGAAAUCUUGAAGGCGUUCCCCAGGCUUGUCGACAACCCUGGCAUGAUAUCACAAGACUUCGAGCAGCUUUAUCCAGAAGCAGCACCGAAACUUUUUGAAAAAUGGGCUGCUGUCAGUGACAGAAUCCUUGCAUAUGCCCAGCGAGAGGGAAAACUGCACUUGGUGCUGGAUGACAUGACACCCGUUGCUAACAGUGAGAGAGCUUUGACGGUCCUGCCAACUCUGCUCCCCCAGUCCAUCUACAAGGAUGGAGGAAAAGUCGUCAGACCCACCACUGAGGAGUCCCGGAGAUCCUUUAUUAAGAUGCAACCAGUGGGGACCAACAUGGUGGACUACCUGCAAAAUGCAGAGACAGGAGAGGAUAACAUCCCAGGCCUUCACCAUUUUGUCAGGGCAUGCAAUCGAAACGGACUCGCUGCUGGGCGCUGUCGAUUUGUGUUUCAAGGCUUUUUUUGUUUUUGACCUUAACUACACUAAGCAGUGCCUCUCUACCUGGGAGUUUCUGCAACAUGCGAUUUAUCACAUUGAUGGACAUGAGUCCCCCUCUGUCAAGUUUCUUAGGACAAGUAUCUUUGCUGGGCACACUUAGAGUUCGUUAAAAUGUAUUCUGUUUGUGGAAGCACUGUUUAGAUUUGUAAUUUUUUCUAUAAUGAUAUGCUGUUGAACUGUUCGACCAAACAGUCUGGUUCAGUUGAUUUUAGUUACACAUGUACAUGUUACACAUUUCAUUAGUUAGACACAGUGUUUCCAUUGCCAAAAGUUGUUAAUGGUACUGAUUGGUCAGAGUUGGAGCGCCCAGAGUCAUGUUGUCAUCUGCGCUCUGAUGUCAGAUUUCCUGUUUGUUUUUUCUGCAGUAUUUUGUUUUGUGUCGGCAGACCCAAAAACCACUGUUUGCAUUUUGUAUUCUGUACGUAUUGUGAUUUUGGGCUUUCUCAAGCUGAAACUCCAGAAGCUCCACCAUAUGCAUUUUAUGAAAAUGAGAAUCCAAUGGUAUUUUUUUUUUAAAUUGACAAUGGUAUGUGUGCAAAUAGAUGUGUGUGUGUGUGUGUGUGUGUGUGACUGAAAAAAGUUUUAUUGCACAAAAAUAUGUGUCAACCAAGAAAUAUGUUGGCAUUAAAAGUUUCUGCACUGUCAUGUUGCGAAUGCUGAAAAAAUGCUGGAAACAAAGAAAAGACUCGCUAAAUUGCAACCAGUUUUGUUUUUUGUUGGUCUCAAACAUCUGCAGUGGUCUGUGGCAGCUUGGCAAAGUCAGCUUUAGAAACAUUGACAUGAUACAUAUGAGACAUGCAAAUGUAACGUAUUCGUUGUUUGCAGAAAGGUGCAAUGCUGUAUGUGGUGCUUGUGGCAGUGUGUGUAAGUCUGGGAGAGGGGAAGUGUGUGUGUGGUAAAUUUGUAUGCGUUGAUGUAAUUUUAAAAAACGAAAAUGAAAUCUCAUUUACAGUUACCUUUGUUGUGUAGUGUGUGUUUAUGGGAAAUUAGACAGGAAGUAAGUGUAUUGGUAACAUUUAACCGACCAAUAGAGUUCAUUUCACUUACUAGAUUAAAGUUAAUUAAUAACCCAAUGUAUAGGUCAUAUUUAACCCAGCAGUAGAGUUAAUUUUACUCACUAGGUUGGGUAAAAUAAAAUAACCCAGUAUAUGGGUAAUAUUUAAACCAACAAUAGAGUUCAUUCUACUCUCUUGGUUGGGUCAAAUGAACAACCCAGCAUUCUGGGUUAAAUGGCAUAACUCAGUGCCUGGGUCAAACCAACCCAGCACGUGUUCUGUCCAAUAGUGACCCAGGGCAGAGGUUAAGGUUGGGUUGUUUUUUAACCCAGCAGUUUUAAGAGUGUGAUUUUUUUAAAUGAUUUUUUAAAAUGACAGACGGCAGAAGUAGGCUACGCCAAAACUCGCCUGCUGACUGAAUGAAUGAGGAAAUCAAAUGGAGUGUGUGGCUCUGAAAGAGGGCGGAGACAGAGAGAAACUCAAGGUUCAUUGAGAAAAACCUGGUCCCGACCAGGUUAGGUUCAUAGAGUCUGUCACUAUGGUAACUGACCGAGAGCUUAAGUUACCUCUCUCUCUGAAACAGGCUAGAGUUACCCCUCUUUCUCUGGUUUGAGUUACCUCCCUUUUUGAAACAGAAAACUCAGUUUCCCUCAUUUCAAGGUUAACAGACUCUGAGUUUUCACUAAACCUGCUUUGUGAAACGGACCCCAGGAGACCAAACAAAAAAGGCCCUGUAAAAUGAUACAAAGUUGUACAAUAUUGUGUUGAUGUCUUUCAAAACUUCAACUUCAAAAUCUAUAGUGUGUUUUUAAUUACAAUUUAUCUGACUGAAUAAAUUAAAGAAAUAAAAGCAAGGAUAAAAUCUUGUGAUUAAAUGUUUCGCAAUGUAGCUGUAAUAGUUUAAAAAAAGGAAUAACAAAUUAGAAAAAAAUAUAUAGCUUCUGUGCUCCCGAGUCCUAACUGACUAGCCUAUUUCAAAUUGAAAUUUAUAAGUUUGAAAGCCGUGAGUCUCACAAGAAAAAUUGAUCUGGUGUGUGAAUCUGAAGUGUUUCUGUGUGUGUGUGUGUGUGUGUGUGUGUGUGUGUAUGUAUGUGUGCCUUUUUGUGUUUGUGUCCCUCAGCUGUAAUCCAUGUAUGAGUGCUACUGUAGGAAUGGGACAGGGCAGGGAUAUAAAGUGCAAUAUUUUUAUGUAGCCUAUGUGCGUGUGUGCUGUAUGGGUGUCUGAAAGGUUGUUUUAUUUAUGUAGAGUAUUAUAUGUCAUGUUUUCCAUGUAAUUGUUUUUUGUCUUUACUGUGAUGCACAUUUAGCUAAGCUCUGAAUGAAAUGGCUAUACAAACUAAAUUGACCUGAUUUAUCAUUCAGUUUGUUGCCAGGCAAACAAAGUCUUCUCUGCUCAAGUUGAAAGUUUUGUGUGACCAGUUGUUGCAGUAUCUGCACCCUUUUGUGGGUUUACAAUAGCCCUUUUGAGUGGAAAAGGGUUAAUACACAGGCUUCAUUCCAGUGGGAGCGUGCCUAUGUUCCCACAGCCCUAUGUUCCCACAGCUCUGUAUGUAUGUGUAUGUAGGUAUGUACUGUAUAUGCAUAUAUGUAGCAUGUGAUUGUAUUACAUGUAUAUGGGGCAUUCUACCAAAUGUGUGCAAAGUUAGGUUGGAAAUAUUUUUGAAAUUUUGUAUGUUUUAUUUCCAAAACUUUGUCCCUCUAUAUAUUGUACCAUAUGUAAAGGUCACAUAUCUAGUAAAAUGACUGUAAAUUUUUAUAUUGUAUUUUCAGACUGUUUUGGAAUGUUUUUCCUCUCCCAAAA